AUGAAGACAGGCGAUACGCUGAAAGCAACCGAAAAGGACUGGGCUUGGAUUCAGGAGAACCUGAUGCCUGGUGUAACGGAAUUGGAGGAUAUGGCGGACAAGGAAGCGUUCGCUAUAUCAAAGUUCCAGUCACUUGUUACAAGUGGAGACAAAGACACAGAUGAAAAGUCCGCGGACGCGAAAUUCCGGGCAGCUGCACGCUCAUGGCGGCAGAUCUUUCACAUCUCGGAGGAAGAGCGAUUGGUCAAUUUGGUCAUAGAGUUGAAGGAUAUCGAAGAGCUUGCCAAGGACAAGUCGAAACGGGGGGUUGUCAAUGACGCGAUUCGGAUUAAGCUUAGGAACAAGGCGGAGCACGUCUUCUCAAAUCUGUUCCACCGAGACGAGACCUUCGACCUUCUAGAGCACCUAACAAAUAUUGCCAUGCAAAAGCUCCUUAAAAACACCUCCACCGACCCCGCCCCCGGCCUCUCCUUCGCCCCGGGCACCUCCACCGGCCCUCAAACCGCUCCCACAACCAUAAAAGGCCUUGGCCCCAUCGGCCGCCCCUUGAAACAAAACUUCGAAGAAGCCAAACGCAACACCCGCUUUCAAACCCUGUUCUCCCUGCCCUCCACCGAGACGCUCAUGGAGGAAGUGUCGGCAAUCACUCAGAUCUCCGGAACCAAAUCCUCUUUCAGCGGUCGCAUGUACCUCUCCGAUACAUACCUCUGCUUCAUCUCCGCGGCGAGGUAUCAAUGUUACCUCGUCCUCCCCUUCUACGCCAUCAUGCGCGUCGAGAAGAUCAACUCCCAAGUCUCGACUAUCGCGAUCACCGUCCGCCACCAAUUGAAACUGAUCUUCCAAAUGACAUCCGACCGCGCGUCGGCGGAUAAACUCUGCCUAACCCUCAAAGACCGGUUACAGCAGCACGUCACGCUGAUGAAACAGCUGAAACCGUUCCUGGCGUCGUGUGCGAGCGAGGAGCUGUUGAAUGGGAAGGAGAUUGCGGUCGGUGGGUUGGGGUUGAAGUAUGGGUAUGUGGACGGGAAGAAGGCGAGUGAGAAGAAUAAGUUGAGGUAUUGGGUGGCGUAUUUUAGAGAGUUCGGAAGGAAUUUGACACUGGUGCGGUUACCGACUUUCAUCAAGUUGGUCAGGAUAGGACUGCCCAACACCUUGAGAGGCGAGAUAUGGGAAGUAUGUUCAGGCGCCAUGUACAAAAGAUACAUGCACCCAGGCUACUACGAACAACUCCACAAGGACCACGAAGGCGAAAUGUCACUGUCGAUGGAGGAGAUUGAGAAGGAUCUCAACCGGAGUCUCCCCGAAUACAGCGGCUACCAAAACGAGGAAGGCAUCAACGCCCUGCGGCGUGUGCUCUACGCGUUUUCGUGGCACGAACCCGAAAUCGGCUACUGCCAAGCGAUGAACAUCGUCGUGAGCGUGUUGUUGAUCUAUUUGACGGAGGAGCAGGCGUUUUGGGUCUUGACUAUCUUGUGUGAACGAUUGUUGCCGGGGUAUUACAGCACAAACAUGGUCGGCGCCGUCGUCGACAACAACGUCUUUGAAAGCCUCGUAACGAAAUACAUGCCCCUCAUGUCGGAACACUUCAAAAAGUACGAGAUCCAGCUCUCGGUGGCCUGCCUCCCCUGGUUCCUGAGCCUGUACAUCAACUCGAUCUCGUUGCCGUAUGCAUUGAGGAUUAUUGAUUGUUUUUUUAUGGAGGGGCCUAAGGUACGGCUGGGUGUCUUGGCCAUUCUGAAGAUCAAUGGGGAUGCGAUCAUGAAGGUUAAGGAUGAUGGGGAGUUGAUGAACGUGUUGAAGGCGUACUUUGCGACGCUCGGGGACGUUGUGCAGGCUGAUGAGCAGAAGGCGCGGAGGACAAUAACGCGGUUCAAUCAGCUUAUCUUGACAGCCUACCGCGAAUUCCAAAGCGUCAACCACGACCUCAUCACCGACCUUCGCAAAAGUCUGCAGCUGAAAGUCGUGCACAGCCUGGACCUCUACGCCAAACGCAGCAUCAUCCGCAACCUCAACCACACCUCCCGCUUCAACAAAGAAGAGCUUCUCUUCCUCUGCGACGAGUACUACAGCGUGCAGUACUACGGCUCCAAAAACGAUAACAACAACAGUAACCAGCCGAAGAAAGCCACUGACAGGUUGGAUUUCGACCAGUGGGUCAUGUACCUCGGCCGCCUCUCCGAAUGGGCCAACACCAAAAAAGACGCGGACGAGCAAGCCAGCAGAUUGGGCGCCAUGGAGACACUCAAACCCAUCGUCGGCUCCUCCUUCCUCACCAAGCUGUACCGCAAGUCCUUCGACACGGACAACGACGGUGCAAUCAACUUCCAGGACCUCGUCACCGGCCUUGGGCAAUUGAUCUACAGCGACAUGAUGACCCGCCUGAAUCUCUUUUUCGAGAUGCAUGACGGAGAUAGGGACGGGACGCUGGUGAAGGAUGAGGUUAUACAGUUUUCGGAGAGUCUUUUGUUUUUGUUGAGGAGGGAGGAGGGUGAUCGGCAUUUGGGCGCUGUGAGCGGGUUCAUGAAUCGUGCGUUUGGGAUCAGUGCUAACGCGAAUGCCGCGGCGGGGUCGCCGGCGUCCAACUCGGAGGGCGGGGACGCGGCGGUCACAUCACCACCUGCAGAAGCAGCUCACCCACCACCACCAACAACAACACCCGCCCUUGACAUCCCCAUGCGCCUGACCCUCUCGACCUUCCGCGAACUGAUCCUCGCCGACGACUAUCUCGUCGACUACUUUGAAACUGGGUUCACGCGGUCGUUCGUGCUGAAAGAAAAAGAGGCCGUGCAGGUCACUGCCGCGGUCGUCGGGCGUGAGUUUGUCGAUUCGCUGUGGAGUGGUGGGUUCAAGUGGAUCGGGGCGAAACGUGGGAAGGGUGGGGAGAAAGCGGAGGGUGAGAAGGGAUCGGGUGGUGACAAGGAAGAGGAGAGUGGGGCGGAGGAGGAGGAAGAAGAAGAAGAAGAAGAAGAUGAGGAGCUUUUGGAUCAAGGUAUGGGCGGGAUGUGA